AUGUAUGGCAAAGCGUGCCAUCUUCCAGUUGAAUUGGAGUACCGAGCGCUUUGGGCUCUAAAAACCGUGAACUUAGAUCUCAACGAGGCCGCUAGCAAAAGAUUCUUUCAAAUUCACGAGCUAGAAGCCCUUAGGGAUGCCGCAUACGACCGUUCAUGGAGUAUCAAAGAAAAUACGAAGGCAUUGCACGAUAGGAAGUUACGUAAGUUGAAAGAGUUUCGAGUAGGUGAUAAGGUACUUUUGUUUAACUCAAGGUUGAAGUUGAUCACCGGGAAGUUGAAGUCUAGAUGGUCCGGACCGUAUGUCGUGAAGGAAGUGUUCCCAUACCGUACCGUGGAGUUGUUCGAUGAAGUUGAUGGGGGAUCGUGGAAACUUAACAUUCAUCGCUUAAAACAUUACUUAGGAGGUCCCAUCGAAACCACCGAAGAGGAAGAAAUUCCUCUUGCGGACCCACCUCGCACCACCGCUUAG